AUCAAUAUUAUUAUUACUGUUUGUGCAAUAUAAAUUGUAGGUAUAUACAGAAAGGCUUUAGGACCAUGCGGAGUCUUAUUUAUUCGUGGGUUGCAUCGUUGAAGGAGAAAGACUAUGGAGACUAUAGUGAUGGAGCACAUCCGACUGCCUAAGGUUGAAAAUGUUCGACUGAUUGACACGGUCACCUCCAGAAGGGCAUCAGUUGGCACUUUGUACUUGACAGCAACCCACACCAUCUUUGUGGAGAAUGAGACUGAGAUCUUAACAGAAACAUGGGUUCUGCACAGUUUAGUGUUCAGUGUUGAGAAACAAGCCUCAACAACUACAGGAUGUCCUCUGCUCGUUAGAUGUAAGAACUUCCAGGUCCUCCAGUUCGUCAUUCCCCAGGAGAGGGACUGCCAUGAUGUGCAUGUGUCCCUGCUGCACCUCUCUCGACCAGAGCACUAUGAGGAACUGUACUGCUUCUCCUAUAAUGCUAACAGCGACAGGGAGGAUAGAAGAAAGGCCUGGGACUUCAUCAACCUCAAGGCUGAGUACAGUAGAAUGGGCCUGCCCAACCACCUUUGGAAACUUACCCCAGCUAACCACCACUACAAGGUGAGUGACACAUAUCCUGCUGACUUGUAUGUGCCUAAAUCAGCCACCCCCCCAGUCAUCAUGGGGAGUUCCAAAUUCCGUAGCAGAGGCCGAUUUCCCACGCUGUCAUAUUACUACAAAGAAAACCAUGCAGCCAUCUGUCGGAGCAGUCAGCCCCUGUCCGGCUUUAGUGCUCGAUGCCUGGAGGAUGAACAGAUGCUAGAGGCCAUAGUGAGGUCCAACCCCCGGAGUGAUUUCAUGUACGUGGUGGACACCAGACCCAAGCUGAAUGCAAUGGCAAACCGAGCAGCAGGGAAAGGCUAUGAAAAUGAAGACAACUACUCUAACAUCAAGUUUCACUUCGUAGGCAUUGAGAAUAUCCAUGUGAUGAGGAACAGCUUACAAAAAAUGCUAGAAGUGAGUGAGGCACAUUUCCCAUCCAUGUCUUAUUUCCUGGAGGGCUUGGAGAGCUCAGGCUGGCUGAAACACAUCAAAGCUGUCGUAGAUGCUGGGGUCUUCAUCACAAAGGCCAUUGCAGAGGAGGGCAUCAGUGUCUUGGUCCACUGCUCAGACGGUUGGGAUCGUACUGCUCAGGUGUGCUCUGUGGCCUCCGUGCUCCUAGACCCCUACUACAGGACUUUAAAAGGACUCAUGGUUCUCAUUGAAAGAGACUGGGUCUCCUUUGGACACAAAUUCUCUCACAGAAACAAUCAUCUGAAUGGAGACCCUAAGGAGGUGUCCCCGGUCAUAGACCAAUUUCUGGAGUGUGUGUGGCAGCUGUCGGAGCAGUUCCCCUGUGCCUUUGAGUACAAUGAGAGGUUCCUCAUCACUAUACACCACCACGUCUACUCCUGCCAGUAUGGGAACUUCAUAGGCAAUAACCAGAAGGAGAGGACAGAGCUUGGGCUUCAGGAGAAGACCCACUCUCUAUGGACCUAUUUAUGGAAGAACAGAACUGACUACAUCAACCCCCUGUACAGACCUGACCACAGCCAGACUCAGGGUGUUCUGCGACCACUUACUGCGCCCUACUGUUUCAAGUUCUGGGGGGCUCUAUACAACCGUUUUGACAGAGGAAUACAUCCUCGCCAGUCUGUGAUGGAGUACCUGAUGGCCAUCAGAGAGGAGACACAGCAGUUGGAAGAGCAGCUUGCCUCCCAUGAAAUGAAAAUCCUGAACGUCGAAAAGCAGCAGAAGAAGAGUGUCAACUUGGAAACCAACAUGUUCGAUAGGAGCCCUGCAGUAUGGGCCUCUCCCCCUUCAAACAGCAGCGUGGGGUUGGCCAACACCCCAGGGGACUACAGCGGACUGGGGGGCUUCCUCAAAUCACCCUACCAGCAGAAGGAGCCAGAAAACAGCCUUCUGAUCCUGCCCUGGCCACAGGAGCUCCGCAAACCCACCGAUCCAGACCUCUCCACCAACGGUGAUGAUCAGGAGUCAGGCAUUGCAGGGCUCAGCUGUCUCUCCCCACCAAAUGAGGAAAGUGCCAAGGAUCCUGACUCUGAUGAGACAGCCUACUCUGCUGCCUGAUCUAGAGUGACAACACUGUUUUCAGAGGGAAGGGAGAUGCACUCUGAUGGGCAAUUAAUCAAAUAAGGCAUAAGGAGUGUGGUGUUUGUUUAAUACACCACGAAUACAGGGCUGUCAGGCACAACGCAGCAGCCCUUAGCCGUAGUAUAUUGGUCUUAAACCACAAACCCCUAAGGUGCCGUUUUGCUAUUAUAAACCAGUUACCAUCACAAUCAGAAUAGUAACAACCGGAAAACAAAAUCUUAUACUCUGGGUUACAGUCUCAUGCAACACAACCUUUAGCGAGUUAGCAUUCAGGGUUGAAACCACCCAGUUUAUAAUGAAUAUUAUUUAUUUGGUUUUAUUCUCUUCCCACCUUAGAACAAUUAAAAAUUUGAUAAAACAAUUAA